AUGUCGAAGGUGACGGUGCUCAAGGUGGACACCUCCUGCGCCAAAUGCAAGCGCAAGGUCCUGCAGGCCGUCACCGGCCUCCACGGUGUUGACAAGGUCGAGGUGGACUCGGAGAAGAGCACGAUGACGGUGACGGGCACCGUGGACCCGGUGGACGUGAUCGUGCAGGCAAGGAAGGCCGGGAGGCGCGCGUCCGUGCUCACCAUCGGCCCGCCGCCCAAGCCGUCCGAGGAGAAGAAGCCCGCCGAGCAGGAUAAGAAGAAGACGGAGGAGAAGAAGACGACGGCGGCGGGCGCGGAGAAGAAGGCGCCCGAGACGCCGGCCACGGUGUUCGUCCACCACGUGCCGUCGUGGCCUUCGUGCCCCAGGUACCAGUACCCGGAGAGAGUAGUGUACGAGCAGGAACCGCCGCCUUGCUCCAUCAUGUAA